GGCGGGGUGGGGCGGAGAGUCAAAGGCACAUUAAGGAACUUGUCAAGUUUGAACUGCUCAGACUUGCUUAGGAGAUCUCUUGUUUGCCUCUUUAUGUUUGGACAGGGUGGGGGGGGAGGCUUUGGGGUAGAAGGAAAGGGGGGUCCGUACCCCCCAGCUGCUUGUGAGAACGACCUGGGAAAGGAGCCUCUUGAGAGGGCACAGACAAGAAGAUUUGGGUGGAAGAAAGGGGUCCCUAUAAGAAGUGGGGAAACUUUGAUUAACACCCCCACCCUCCCACACACACAUACGGUUUCGGCAAUAUGAUGAAAGUCGUUUUCCUCUGGCUGUCCCUUCUGCGGGUGGAUUCUCUGAUGUACCCGGCAACCAUCUCUCCCCAAGACCCCACCCUCCUGAUUGGCUCCUCGCUCAUGGCCAACUGUUCAGUCAACGCCGAUUCAAGUCUGAGGGCCGAGGACCUUUACUGGACUCUGAAUGGCCGGCCGCUCCCGGUGGAGACCUACAAGGUCCUCAGCGCCACCACCCUGAGUGUCACCCUCUCCAGCCUGAAUGGAUCCCAGCAGCAGUCAGGAGAUAACUUGGUCUGUCACAGCAAGGAAGGGGGCGGCAUCUUGGCUGGAUCGUGCCUCUACAUAGGACUUCCCCCAGAGAAGCCCACCAAUAUCUCCUGCUGGUCGAAGAAUUUGAAGGACCUUACCUGUAAAUGGUCACCUGGGACGGAGGGCGAAACCCACCUGCAUACCAAUUACACCCUCAAGUACAAGUUAAGGUGGUAUGGGCGUGACAACACGUGCCAGGAAUACCACACGGCCGGCCCCUACUCCUGCCACAUCCCCAAAGACCUGGCGCUUUUCACACCCUACGAGAUUUGGGUUGAGGCCUCCAACCGGCUCGGGGUGGCCGUCUCAGACGUGGUCAUGUUGGACAUCGUUGAUGUUGUCACAACUGACCCCCCCUCGGAUGUCCAUGUGAGCCGCUUGGGAGACCUCGAGGACCAGCUGAGUGUCCGCUGGAGCGCCCCUCCUGCCCUCAAAGACUUCCUCUUUCAGGCCAAAUAUCAGAUCCAGUACCGCGUGGAGGACAGCUCGGAGUGGAAGGUCGUAGACAAUGUGGGUAACCAGACCUCGUGCCGCCUGGCGGGGCUGAGACCCGGCACGGUAUACUUUGUCCAGGUGCGUUGCAAUCCGUUCGGCAUCUAUGGCUCCAAGAAGGCCGGCAUCUGGAGUGACUGGAGCAACCCCACGGCGGCAUCCACGCCCAGGAACGGCCGGUCACACGGAGUCUGCGAGCCCAAGAGCGGGGAACACAACAACCACACGCUGCGGCGGGAGCUCAAGCAGUUCUUCGGGUGGAUGCGCAAACAUGGCAGCUCCUAUGGAUGCGCCAACCUGAGCAUCAAGAUGUACGACCAGUGGCGCGUCUCGCUGCAGAAGUCGCACAAAACACGGAACCAGGUAGGUCCUAUCCGGCGAUAAAUCAUAGCAGAGUCUGAUGGUGGGCCGCGAAGUUUCCUCGAGGCCGCCGUGAGCGCUGGGGCCGGUUCUUCCUGGCGAUGUUGGAGAUCUAAGCGACACUGUCGACCUAUCUUGCAGGUAGCCAGAGGAACAGGACGCUCUGCUGCGACUUUGUUUUGGAACUGAACAGGGACUCCUCUGCUACCAGGCCUGAGUUGGGGCAGCAUCUACUGUCUCCCCCUCAAAAUUUGUUUGCUCUGAAUGUUCCUUUCCUGUCCGGGACCCAAAAGAUGCACCACAAAGACCUCUGUCUCCACCACAAAAGCAUCCAGUUGUUACUGGGACAGACCCUUUCCCCUUCACCGUGGAAACAAGGAUCAACGGCCCAGGGCAAAACCCCAACAAGACCUCCUCAUCCCGCAAUCCCAUCCAGUGAGAAAUGGAAGUUUCUUCGGCGUGUGCGUGGUGGGGAGCAUAGCCCAAUUUUGUCCAAGCGGUUCAGGCUCCUGUUGUAGAUGUAAGCUGUUUCUCCCCAUUCACCCCCCCAACAAAUCCUUAAUUUGUACAUGUUACCACUCCUUAUUUAUAUACCGCCCUUUGUCCCAAAACUCAAUUCUGCGUCUGAAGCCUUUAGAGAGCCAGGUUCUGAGCAGCUGACACUCGGAGAUAGACUGAUCUUGAACAGAGAGGCUCAGUUUUGCCACGAGCCUAAGAAGAGUCCCAUGGGGCCAUACCAAAAAGGUCUAGCAUCUCAUGUCCCACAAUUCGGGGCCUCAAGUGAAACAUGGAGGUCUCAGUCUUCUUUUCCUUGUGCCAGGUAUCUAUUAGGAAGGGGAUUGAAAAUAAAAAUGCUAAUAUUAAAAUGCCCAUAUAUAAAUCA